UAAACAGCUUUGUGCUAUUUGCAUGGUUGAUACUGUCUCUCAGUGUGGGAAGAAAGAAGCAAAGCCUGAAACCUAAGAUGACUCCCCCUUUACAUCCUAAUUUGAUUUCCUCGGGCUAGUAUGCUGACUGUUUAAAUCCCUGCAGCUUUCUGACUUGUACAGCUGUCAAAAAUGGCUGUACGUUUGUUUGAAGAUAAAGAACAUGCAAACUGAUACUGGAAGUACCGAAUGUCUCCUUCUGAAGAGCUCAUCGACAAGGUUCUACAGUUCCACAGGAGUAAUAAAAAUUCAGCCAAUGACCUGGCAGUAGAUGUUGGCUGUGGGUCAGGGCAGGGAACGUUGCUCCUAGCACCACAUUUUACUCGUGUGGUCGGGACAGACAUCAGUCCUGCUCAACUGGAGAUGGGGAGGAAACAUGUUAACGUUUCAAACAUCUCUUACAGGGAGAGUCCAGCUGAAGAACUGCCUUUUGAAGAUGGCUCUGUAGAUCUUGUGACUACCAUGUCUGCAUUCCAUUGGUUUGACCGUUCACGUUUUCUUCAGGAGGCUCACAGAGUGCUUAAGCCUCAUGGCUGCCUCGCAAUUCUCAACUACACUAUGGACAUGGAGCUGAGCUAUGGAGACUGCUCAGAGACUUUAAACCACAUCUGUAAAGAGUUUUAUGCAGCACUGCAGCCAUUCCGGAGCCCUUACCUAGGUUCCAGCCCCUUUGAACUUUACAAGAAAACAUACGACUCUCUCCAGUAUCCAGUCAAAGAAUGGCAGGACAUUUUUUGGGUGAGGAAGCCCGUCCACGUCUCUGGCUACAUCGGCAUGGUGGAGUCUUUCUCCACUUUCCAGACAUUCUUAAAAAAAGAUCCAGAAGAGGCCAGACGACUCUCACAGGACACUGAACAAAGACUGUUGCGUGCAAUGGGUGUGACAUCCUCAGAGACAGAAGUUAUCAUGGAAGUUAAAUACUUCUAUUUUCUAGCCUGCAAGCCUGCAAAUGACUGAGCCAAAUAUUGUCAUCAAUGGAAAGCUUAUGAUGUAAAAUCUCAAUUUCAAAAAAUUUACCCUUAUGACUGGUUUUGUGGUCCACGGUUGGUCACAUAUUCGAGAAUGAUCAACGGAGUUUCUAAAUUCCAUAACCACCAAGUUUCAUAACCAUCAAAUAAAAA